AUGGGCCGCCGGCCGUGUGGUGAUGUGGAAGCCGCUGGCUGUGAGGAGCCUCCUUCACCUCGGUCCGUGAGCUCUGCGGCCUUCAGCAGCGAAACAGAGCGGGAGACCGAGCGAAGUUCCACGGUGGAACCCGUGCCGUCUGAAGAUGGAGAGGCCAUUGCUGAACAGGUGAAGGCCGAGCGGUGGCAGUGCGAUUUGUGUUUCGAGCCCUUCCUGAAAUUUGAGACGCCCUGGCGCCUGGGAGAGGAAUGCAAUCAUAGUCUUUGUCGUCGAUGCGUACUGGGCUCCAUCAGGUGGGGAGGCCGCUGCCCCUAUGACAACACGCCAAUCCCAGCCAUCGUGGUGUGUGGUGCCAUGGGCACAGGUGAAUAUGUUUACCACGAAAAGUUGACGGAGGCGAGACGUACUGGUGGCGUUCCAUGCAGCGUGUCGGAUUGUCCUGGGGUAGCACCCUCCUGUGGCACUCGGGCUGCACCCAGCAGUUGCAACUGCUGUGGUACGCGGCACUGCGGCCGGACGGUCUGCGGCGUACCAUGGAGUGCUGGACAUCGCUGCUGGGACAUGGAGCAGGAGGAGAUUCCCAGACCUCGAGGUCACGAUUUCCAGGCCACUACUCGGCGAAGAUUAAUGUCAGCACCUCGCUUCAGACCAUGCCCCCAAUGCGGGGUGAUGGUUGAGCACAGUGGUGGCUGCAACAUGAUCUAUCAUGACACCUGCCGAACACGCUGGUGCUUCAUUUGCCGCAGAGUGGGCACUUGCCAGGACUUUGACUGCAAGGCUCCAACGGGUGGUUCACAGCCUCCCACACCGCGAGGACCCAUCCCUGGCCCCGAGCGCGCCACAGAGCGGGGAAGGAAAGCGAUGUCUUCCUCUGCCGCGUUGAUGGCGGGUAUGGUCCUGCUGUUUUUGCUGAUCACCGCGAACUUCUUCAGCGGCCUGCGCUUCAACAUGCCGAGGAAAAGCUUGCCCUUUUUCCUGUCUGCUGCACGAGAGACCUGCUUGAAGCCUCAGAAACGGGAGAAAGGGACGAUGACAGAUGACAGAUGCUUAGCACUGAGAUUCGCGGCAUGGGUUUGGCUCCAUAUUGGCGGGAGCAUCCUGGCAGUCCAUGGCGGGUUGUCACCCUCCUUGCAUCAUUUGGAUCAGAUUCGACUGUUGGAUCGCUUCGCGGAGAUCCCACACGAUGGGCCUCUGGCAGAUCUCAUGUGGUCGGACCCGGACCCGGACAAGUUGGGCUUCGUGAUCUCUCCCCGUGGUGCCGGCUUUGUCUUCGGCCAAGAUGUGGCAUGGAGGUUUCUCCAACUGAAUGGUUUAGCCCACCUGGUGCGUGCGCACCAGCUGUGCAUGACUGGCUACCAGGUCCUAUUUGACGAUAGCCUGUCAACCGUGUGGAGUGCUCCCAAUUAUUGCUAUCGCUUUGGCAACACCGCCUCAAUCCUAGAGAUCUCCGAGGGCUUCGGUCGCUUCUUCAAUGUCUUUGGCCCUGCGCCUGAGAGCGAGCGCCACGGUCAACGGCCAGGAGAUCCGCCAAAGCGUGAGUUGCCUAGCCUCCGUCCCGGAAAAUCUGCAGGACGAGAUGAUCCUUAUUUCACCUGA